AUGGACCUCAAUGCCGAUGGACGUUUGAGCUACUUCGAGUUCAUGCGCGGCUGCAAGCAGAUGAGCGUGGCGAACCCGCGCCGCGUGUGGCGCGCCCUGGGGCGCACGGGUCUACUGACGCUGCGAUGCGUGGAUCCUCGCCUGGGCGAGCAGUUGGGGACACUCGCCACAGCCAUUUGGUGCCUGCCUCCGAACUCUCCCACGGUGGGCAGGAGCUGCUUUAACAAGAGGUCAAAGCUCCGGAUCUCCAGCGAGGACUUCAGCGAGGCAUGUCAAGAGCUGCGCUACCAGGGGGACCCGGUGGCCUGUUUUGGGGAGCUUUGCAGUGAGAAAGCCUCCAAUGGCAUGAGCCGGAAGGAGUUCGGCUUCUUGCACAGCUGGAUGUCUCCCAAAGGGCACCCGGAUCGGGGAUUUCUCGACGCGCCCAUCUCCAAGUGGGCGGUGCCAGCCGAACCCUGGACACCGCCACCCAUUGUGCAAAAGAGGGAUGAGCGCAGGGAGAAGUUCCUUGACUGCCUCCUGAGAUCUUAUGGUAACAUCGUCCGUGCCUGGCGUGAGGGCUUGGAUCGAAACCAUGAUGAUCGCAUGGACUACCAGGAGUUCAGCGUGGCGAUCAAGGACGUGGGCUACGCGGGGAACGCCAAAGAGCUUUGGGAGGAGAGAAGUACACCGCAGCGGUGCAUGGGCGGAUGGGAGUUGGAUGGGGAAACCGCCCGCCUUUUGCGGGAGUUCGUGGACUCGGCCAAAUCCAGCUAUGGCUCCUUCAUGGCCUUCUGGAACGAGGCCCUCGACAUCCGCCACGAUGACCGCGUGCUUUACCCGGAGUUCCGAGAUGGUUGCCUCAUGCUGGGUUGGAACCCUCGUGAUGUGGGUCGGCUCUUCGAGUUGUUGGAUACCGAUCGGGCACGCUACCUCAGCUGGGCCACCACCUCUUGGCUCAGUGGUGCUGAGCUGGUGGACGGCGACUCCGGCUCUCCACGCAUCGCAAGGCCACGCUCUCCGGAGGCAGAGGAGGCAGAAGCAGAGGGCGCGAAGGUGAAGUUCACCAAGGUGGUAGAAGAGGCGCAGGCGCAGAUCCAUGACCAGAUUGCAAGUCUUCAGUAUGCACUGGCAUGGCUGCGGGAGCAUCGUCACCGCGUGAAAUGCUACGAGGGCCGGGCUCGGAACGAGAUCCCCGGGAGCCACCCGUCGGCGGGCACCACGAUCUACAGUUCCGCGCCCUUCAUCACGUAG